AAAUGAGACAACUUAUGAAUUGCUUGUCAUUCCCGGUUAUAACAAAGUUUGAUUGCAAUUUCAUUGAAUAUUUUAAUACAAAUAAAUAUAAAUUAUAACAAUGGAGACAAUUUUGGGUAUACGAGGAGAUGAUUUUGCCAUUGUUGCUGCUGAUACAACUCAGGCCCGUUCCAUAGUUGUAAUGAAGGAAGAUGAAAUUAAAAUUCACAAGAUUUCCGACAGUCUUGUAUUUGCUACAAUGGGUGAAUCUGGUGAUACAGUGAAGUUUACCGAGUUCAUUUCGAAAAAUAUUGCUCUAUAUAAGAUGCGCAACAACUAUGAGUUGUCUCCCAAGGAGGCUGCACAUUUUACUCGCAAGAAUCUUUCCGAUUAUCUGCGCAGCAGAACACCCUACCAAGUGAAUAUGAUGAUAGCGGGAUACGACGAAAAGUCGCAGAAAUCCGCUUUGUACUUCAUUGACUAUUUGGCUAAUUCUGUUGAGGUGAAAUACAGCGGGCAAGGCUACGGUGCUAUGUUUUGCCAAAGUAUCUUUGAUAGAGAAUAUAAAAAGGGCUUAAACAAAGAUGAAGCUUACAAAAUUUUGGAACACUGUGUUAAGGAAAUCCAGAAACGACUUGUAAUAAAUCAAAAGAAUUUUAAAGUCUCUAUUGUGAAUAAGGAUGGAGUGGCGUCAAUGCCCGAUAUUAGAGCGAAGAUUGAAUGUAAUUAACUUAUGAACUAAGUUGAUUUUGUUCUUUAUACGAAAUUUUAAUAAAAAUUAAUCGAUUAA